UCUCCUCCAGCCAGCUUCUGCGCCUUCCUUUCUUCCUUCCCUCCUCCCAUCGUCGUCGUCGUCGUCGUCGUCUUGCUUCUUGGUUUCAAGAGCGUUGUAUAUGCGCGUGCGCUGGUGAUCGGUCGGAGAUGGCUCCGGUGACGAGGGUGGUCGGCGGCGGGCUGGCGGACGAGGCGCCGGAGCUGGAGCGGCAGAUGGGGUGCAUGGCCGGCAUCUUCCAGAUCUUCGACCGCCGCCAGCGGAUGCUCACCGCGCGCCGCGGCGGCCGGCCUGCGAGGAAGAUGCUACCUCCGGCGGCGGCGGGUUCAGGCCAUAAUCUUCCAAGAAGCAGCAGCAAUGUUACAGGGCAAAGCUCAAGCACCUCUAAAAUCGUUCUGGAGAAAACAUUCAGCAAAAGCAUGACCGAGAACAGUAGCCUUUCAAUAGAGUCAUCAAGGGCUUCAUGUUCUUCCUCUUCAUGCUCAUCCUUUUCAUCACUUGAUGGCAACAAAUCAAUCCAACAGGAGCUUCCAUAUAUCAACGACCAGCUCUUUGCGCAGAGGCCACUGAAAAGAUCACCAAGUCUGAAGGACUCUGCCAUGGACACCAAGUCUGAACAGCCAAACAUUGGCUUCAGAGACAUUGUGAAGGAUUCCAUCAACCGGGACACCGGAGGCCUUACUGUCAAGACCUCGGUGAAGGAGGCAAGGAGAAAUGGGCAGUACAAAGACUCACCAAGGCCCUUGCUGCUGUCCAAAUCAAUGGAUGGGACCUAUGUCAUUGGGAUCGAUAGGAGCACCAAGGUACCUGUGAAUGCUGCUGAAUCCAGCAGGCGAUUCCCGGAGCAGUCACGCUUCUCAUGCGACGAUCGGCGGCUCCUGCGGCCAGUUGAAGCUCAAGAGAACAAGAAGCCUUCCACAAGGCCCAAAGAGCUUCCGAGACUGUCCUUGGAUAGUAGGAAAGAGUCUCUGAACCCAAGUUCUCGCCAGAAGAACUUCAGUUACAGGAGAACCGAUGACAGUCUCUUGGAUGCUCUUAAGCCUCAAGAUUCCCCAGGCCACCGGCGUGCCAGCAGCGUCAUUGCCAAGCUGAUGGGGCUGGAAGAAGCACCCAACGCUACAGGGGUGCUAACUGCAGAUAGCUACGAGUCUGCAAGAUCACCAAGACCAGCAGAAGAAAUGCAGAAUGAGCAUCCAGUACCUUCUCCUAGAAGAUCUUGCCAGGAUCCCUGCGAGUAUCUGCCAAAAGACGAGUCUUCAGCAAUGAAAACCAAGCCUCCUCCAAGAAUUCUUACUGAAGCCGCUCCUUGGAGGCAGCAGGAGAAGCUUGUCAAUGGUAGCAAGGCCUUACAAUGUCGAGAUGCUGAAGUGCGGCCAAGGACCGCAUCUCUCUAUGCCUACAUUGAGAGAAGAGGCGGGGGCCACGAGUUCUUGGAGUGCAACAAGGACUUCAGGGCGCUCAGGAUACUGGAAGCGCUGCACGCAAAGGAUGCCAAGCGCCAUAGCGAUGGCAAUGGCGCAUUAACAGUAGCUGCUCAGCAGGCAGCAGAUGCUCUGAACACCAGUUCCAGACACUUCCAGCCUCCCAUUGUAGUCAUGAAGCCAGCAAGAAGCACUGAGAAGCAGCCAGGGGUUUCACUUGCUUCAGCUGAUCCCCUUGCAGGGUUCAGAAGCCUCAGGAAGCUGCAGGCCAGAGAUGAAACUUGCACUGGGGAGCAUGACACCAGCACAAAUGAGAAGAUUCAUUCUCGCAUUGCAAGGGCGCAAUCCAAGUCUGAUGAACCUGUAAGCCGUGCAAGCUCACCAAGGCCUACAGGAUCAUCAAGCCCCAGGCCGGUGCAGCGGAAGGUAGAGUCAGAAAGGCGGUCUCGUCCACCGGUCUCACCAAAGUCCCCUAGCAAGAAGUCCAACGAAGCAGCCUCUCCAGGAGGAAGAACAAGAACAAAGCCUUCUCAAGGGAAGAACCACCGUGACAAUGAGGUCUCGAAGAGUCCAAGAAGCAGAAUCAGCUUGGCGAAGGAGGUCGACGUUAGUGUCAUGGACUUCCAAAAGCCCCUGGUUAUCAGUUCAUCCUUUGUUCAGACAAGCAACACUGCAUCGACACCGAGUCACAAGGGCACUCCUUCAGUUCUUGCUUCAGAUCAGAAGAUAAGUUCACUGGAGAACUCCCCUAGCCCUGUUUCUGUCCUCGACACGUCAUAUUAUCAUACAAGACUGUCAUAUUCAUUCAAAGAUGGUGAGAUACAUACAUCAGAGGAGUGCUGGAACCCAAACAGCCUGCCUGACACGCCCCAAUCCAAGGCGAGCAGUGAAGUCAGCCAGAUAAAACCAGACAAUUUUGAGGCCCUCAUCCAGAAACUUGAGCAAUUGCAGUCAAUGAAUGAUGAAGCUGCAAACACGAAAGAUCAUCAGUAUAUUUAUGAGAUACUCUUGGCAUCUGGUCUCCUGCACAAAGAACUUAGCUUCGUAGUCAUGCCUGGUCAAGCAUGGCCAUCAAGCUGCCUGAUCAAUCCAGAGCUCUUCCUCAUUCUUGAACAAACAAAGCCAGACUUUGGUUCAUCAACCCGAACUGUUAUCAAAAGCUCCAAAGCUAACUCAGAAAAGCUUCAUCGAAGACUUAUAUUUGAUCUGGUAAACGAAAUUACAGCUCAGAAGAUGAGCAUUCAUUGCUCUGCAAGUCAGUCAGCCAAGUUGCUUCGAUUAAGGAAGUAUAAUGGAUGGCGACUAUUUAAGGACCUGUGCACAGAGGUUGACAGGCUCCAAUCUGAGAGCUCAGCGAUAAAAUGCUCCGAAGAGGAUGGGGAUGAAAGAAUGCUCUUAGUUGAGGAUCCACUGAGUGGAGUAGAAGAUUGGAGCUUUGAAAAUGGGUCACCGAGCAUAGUUUUGGAGAUUGAAAGAUUAAUCUACAAGGACCUCAUUGAUGAGGUCAUAGGGGGUGAGGCUACAGGGAAGAUGCAAAGUGGACAGUGGAAGCUACGGAGGCAACUGUCAUUUAGUAGUACAAGCUAAAUAUGCUUGGCAGUAGAUGUUUCCCUUAGGAAGCUUAGCAACUACACUACAUUAGUCAAUGUAACAUUCUGUAUUUUGCUGAAGAUUAAACUAUAGAAGAAAUAUAAAUGUUCCU